CACACACACACACACACACGGCCUCACUGAGGCUCCACAAGCCUCGGAGAAGGGUGGGGCGGCAUGGAUCUUUGGAAAGUUUUCGUGAGUCAUAUUGCUGAAGGCGGAUUUGAGCUGGACUAUUUAUCCGAGGGCACAAGAUGCUGUUAUUUACAACAGAGUGAGCCAAACACCAGUGAGAAACAGUCUGUUGACUGAAAUACAGAACCAGGGGGAAGGCAGGAUGAGCACUGCUGGAAAAGUUAUUAAAUGCAAAGCAGCCGUGUUAUGGGAGCCAAAUAAACCUUUUUCCAUUGAGGAAAUAGAAGUUGCCCCACCAAAGGCUAAAGAAGUUCGUAUCAAGAUUUUAGCCACAGGAAUCUGUCGCACAGAUGACCAUGUGAUUAAAGGACUAAUGGUGUCCAGGUUUCCAGUGAUUGUGGGACAUGAAGCAACUGGCCUUGUGGAGAGCAUUGGAGAAGGAGUCACUACAGUGAAACCAGGUGACAAAGUCAUCCCCCUCUUUAUGCCUCAAUGUAGAGAAUGCAAUGCUUGCCGCAACCCAGAUGGAAACCUUUGCAUUAAGAGCGACAUUACAGGUCGUGGAGUACUAGAUGAUGGCACUACCAGAUUUUCAUGCAAGGGCAAACCGGUCUACCACUUCAUGAACACCAGUACGUUUACUGAGUACACAGUGGUGGAUGAAUUCUCUGUUGCUAAGAUUGAUGACGCAGCUCCUCCUGAGAAAGUCUGUUUAAUUGGAUGUGGGUUUUCCACGGGAUAUGGGGCUGCGAUAAAAACUGGCAAGGUCACCGCUGGUUCCACCUGUGCUGUCUUUGGCCUGGGAGGAGUUGGCCUUUCAGUCAUCAUGGGCUGUAAGUCGGCUGGUGCAUCCAGGAUCAUUGGAAUUGACCUCAACAAAGACAAAUUUGAGAAGGCAAAGGCUGUAGGAGCCACUGACUGCAUCAGCCCCAAGGACUCUACUAAGCCUAUCAGUGAGGUGCUGUCAGAAAUGACAGGCAACACUGUAGGUUACAGUUUUGAAGUUAUUGGGCGUCUUGACACGAUGAUUGAUGCCCUCGCAUCCUGCCACAUGAACUAUGGGACCAGCGUGGUGGUAGGUGCUCCUCCAUCAGCCAAGAUGCUCACCUACAACCCUAUGCUGCUCUUCACUGGACGCACGUGGAAGGGAUGCAUUUUUGGAGGUUGGAAAAGUAGAGAUGAUGUUCCAAAAAUAGUGAAUGAUUUCCUGGCAAAGAAAUUUGACCUGGACCAGUUGAUAACCCAUGUUUUACCUUUUAAAAAAAUCCAAGAAGGAUUCGAACUCCUCUAUUCAGGGAAAAGCAUCCGAACUAUUCUGACGUUCUAAGUGGCGGGAGCCUGUGCUGUGUGAUGGAGACCUGGCUUCCCUUCUACUCUCCCCUCUGUGAGUCGUGGACACGCAGCUGAGGACUUGGUGAAGACACACAAUCCCCAUGAAAUACAUAUUUAAAGUCUGAUUGGCACCUGGGAAUUAGUAGGGGGCUUGGGUCAACAAUAUUAACAUUUAAUCUUUACAUUUUCCAAGGCUGUAAUGAUAUAUUUUGAAAAAGCAUGCUUGCAUUUUUAAAUUGGAAUACAAAGUUUUAAGAAAGGGUUUUAACCAACUGCCACCACUUAGAGCAGAUUUAGCAUGGAAAGAUGACAUAUGUAUUUCCUAAAGUAAUACUCAUUUUGUGGAUUUUUUUUAACAUAUUACAAACAUUCCUUUUUUGAUUUCAAUGUAAAUUUUAAAAAUUGUUAUGAAUUAACUUGAAUUUGGUUUUAAAGUCAAUUCUUUGCUUAGCACAGUUGAUUAGAUUAGGAAAGAACUAGGGAAGUUCUUUAAUGAUUAACUUUAUGAAUCAUCAUUAUAUAACUAGGUGAAUCUGAGAAAUCAUACUACCAGUACACAUGAAACUAUUUGCCAGCCUAUAUAAAUAUUUCAGAAUUCAUACCUUUCAUAAUGCUACUUAAAUAUCAAAAUGCUGAUAGAAUCAAAUUGUAAUAUAUAUUUUAAUGUUUGGUUCAAUAAAGUGGAAUUAUAAAUCCUUU